UAAGCACGUACACUUUUAUUUUGACAGUCAGAAACCGGAUGCGAGUGCGUGACUCGCGCAAGAUUCACAUAACUGCUAGCGAGCUGGCAGGCUGCGAGAGGAUCGGCAUCUAAAAAAGCGACUUGGAAAAACUACUUAACGAGAGCCUGGUCUCGGUUGAAGAGGACAUCAGAAUCAGCAUGAACCGGGAGUCGCCCGAGUCCGAUGGAGACCGCGCGCAGGAUGCAUCGGACUUCAACUGGGAUGAAUAUUUGGAGGAGACUGGCACCGCAUCGGUGCCUCAUCACGCCUUUAAACACGUGGACCAGGGUCUGCAGACGGGCUUGACCCCGGGCAUGAAGCUGGAGGUGCGCGUGCGCUCGGAGGCCGACGGUCCUUACUGGGUGGCCGGCAUCAUCGCCACGUGCGGCCAGCUGCUGCUGCUCCGCUACGAAGGCUACCGGGACAACCGCAGCGCCGACUUUUGGUGCGACACCAUGACGGCCGACCUGCACCCGCUCGGCUGGAGCCGGCGGCACGGCAAGAUCAUGAGAGCCCCCGAUGGUGUGCGCGAGAGGCACCAAGACUGGGAGGCUUUACUCGACAAGGUCCUGGCUGAGGAGUGCAGCGCGCCCGCCCACCUGCUGGAAUUGCCUCGGCGCGGCCGAGACCCGGUGGAGCUACUCGGCGCCGGCCGCUACGUGGAGCUGCAGGACGCCGUUGAUCCGGGGCUGGCCUGGGCCGCCGAGGUGGAGGAGAACGUCGGCGGGAGGCUGAAACUGCGGCUGGCGGGCACGGAGGGCCUCCCGGACACGCCCGCCACCCUUUGGCUCUUCUACCUCCACCCGCGUCUACGACCGCCCGGCUGGGCUCGAGAGCACGGCCGCGCCCUCGGGCCUCCUUCCGACCUGUUGACCCUGCGAACAGAAGAAGAAUGGGAGGAGGUGAGGCGGAGGAUCAGCGCGCUUCCUCAAGACGAAGCUCUGAGCGCCGAGCUCAACAAGGAGCAGCCCGCAGUGGCUCCUCAUUGUUUCAAAGAAGGGAUGAAGUUGGAAGCCGUGGACCCCGCCGCGCCCAUCUCCAUCAGGCCGGCCACCGUCGCCAAGGUGUUCGACGAGCACUACUUCCUGGUGAGCAUGGACGACCUUUGCGGAACGGAGGAGUCGGACGCCUGCGGGCGCUCCUUCCUGUGCCACAGGGACAGUCCCGGGAUCUUUCCCGCUCAAUGGAGUCUUAAAAAUGGACUCCCUCUCAGCCCGCCACCAGGGUACCAGGGUCCGGACUUUGACUGGGCCGAUUACCUCAAACGAUGUGAGGCCGCGGCGGCUCCUCAGCACUGCUUCCCCGCCGAAACGUGCGAGCACAGCUUUAAAGAGUCCAUGAAACUGGAGGCCGUCAACCCGCUGUCACCGGAGAACAUUCACGUGGCGACGGUCACCAAAGUGAAAGGCCAAUACAUCUGGCUCAGCCUGGAAGGUCUGAAACAUCCCAUGCCCGAGCUGACGGUUCACGUGGACUCUCUGGACAUCUUCCCUGUCAGCUGGUGUGAGACAAACGGCUAUCCGCUCGUGCACCCCAUCAAGCUCGCAGUCGAAAAUGAGAGAAAGAUCGCCGUGGUGCAGCCGGAGAAACAAGCUGCGCCAAAGUCGUCAUCGCCCGACGCAGUCAAGCCGCAGAUGGCAAAUCAGCCAGAGGCCGGCCAGGGAAAUGGGAAAUACUGCUGUCCCAAGAUCUACUUUAACCAUCGCUGUUUCUCCGGGCCGUACCUGAAUAAGGGCCGCAUCGCUGAGCUGCCGCAGUUCAUCGGGCCCGGAAACUGCGUCCUUGUGAUCAAAGAGGUUUUGACGCUUCUGAUCAACUCUGCGUACAAGCCGAGCCGCGUGCUGAGGGAAUUGCAGCUGGAUCAGGAGAGUCGCUGGCAAGGCAACGGAGAGACUCUCAAAGCCAAAUACAAAGGAAAGAGCUACCGAGCCACGGUGGAAAUAGUGCGCACGGCCGACCGCGUGGCCGACUUCUGCCGGAAGACCUGCAUCAAGUUAGAGUGCUGCCCCAACCUCUUCGGGCCUCGCAUGGUUCUGGAGCACUGCUCGGAAAAUUGCUCCGUCCUCACCAAGACCAAAUACACAGCGUAUUACUACGGGAAGAAGAAGAGCAAACGUGUGGGCCGCCCCCCCGGAGGCCACACGAACCUCGAGGCCGCAGUGAAGAGAAGAGGCAGGAGGAGGAAGAGAAGGAAACAGCUCUUUGUCCAUAAAAAGAGACGCUCGUCCACGUCCGUCGAUAACACGCCCGCCGGCUCUCCGCAGGGCAGCGGCGAAGAGGAAGACCUUGAUGAAGACGACUCCCUGAGUGAAGACUCCGGCUCCGAAGCGCAAGAUGAUCUCCAAGAUGAUUCGGAACAAUCGGUGGAGAAGUCUCAGCCCCCCUCGCCGUCCCCAUCCCCGCCCGUGACGCCCCGGCCCACGCGGCGGCGGCGGAAACCUCGCUCGCCCUCGUUCUCCGACGAUGAGAACCACCCUCCGUCGCCAAAGACGUCGAAGGCAGAACCUCCUCAAAAGUUGCGCUUGGACACCAGCCCCCUGGAGUGGAGUGUGACCGACGUGGUUCGUUUCAUCAGGACGACUGACUGCGCGCCUCUCGCGCGCAUUUUCAUGGACCAAGAGAUCGACGGACAGGCUCUUCUCCUGCUCAAUCUGCCCACGGUGCAGGAGUGCAUGGACCUGAAGUUGGGGCCAGCCAUCAAGCUGUGCCAUCACAUUGAGAGGGUCAAACUGGCGUUUUAUCAACAGUUUGCCACGUAGCUGAAGGACAAGAAGCAAACAAGAAAACUAUUUAUUCUGACCCCCCC